AUGCAACAUGAUACUAGUAUCGUGCAGAAAAAGUCAACAGAGGAAUCGCUAUCUCCUGUUUUAGAAAAAGGUACAGCAAGAGACACAACCUCUCCAUCAGAUACAGCAAGUAGUGCUACUUCUCCAGUAGAUACAGCAAGUGCCACUACAUCUCUAUCAGAUACGACAAGAGACACAUCUACAUUAGAUACAGCGAUUGAUGCUUCUUCUCUAUCAGAUACGGCAAAAGACGCUGCUUCUCCAUCUGAUACGGCAAAUGACGCUGCUUCUCCCUCAGUUACAGCAAGUGACGCUACUUCUCCAUCAGAUAGAGCAAGUGACGCUUGUUCUCCAUCAUAUACAGCAAGAGACACUACUUCUCCAUCAGAAACAGCAGGUGACGCUACUUCUCCAUCAGAUACGGUAAGUGACUCUUCUUCUCCAUCAGAUACGGAAAGUGACACUACAUCUCCAAUAUAUACGGCAAGUGACGCUAUUUUUUCACCAGACACAGUAAGUGACACUGCAUCUCGAUCAGAUACAGCAAGUGCCCCACCAUCUUCAACACAUACAGAAAUUGACACAUCUCCAUCUGAUACAGUAAGUGACACAUCAUCUCAAAUCGAUACGGAAAGUGACUUUACUUUUCCAUCAGAUACAGCAAGUUACGCUACUUCUCCAUCAAGUACAGCAAAGGCGACACCAUUUCCCUCAGAUACAACAAGUGACACAUCCCCAUCAGAAACAGUAAAUGACACAAUAUCUCUAAUAAAUACGGCAAGUGACGCUACUUCUCCAUCACAUACAGGAAGUACCACAUCUCAAACAUAUACAGCAAGUGACGCUCUUUCACCAUCAGUUAAAGUAAGUGUCACUACUUCUUCAACUGAUACAGCAAGUGAUACUACUUAUCCAUCAGAUACGGCAAUUGAGAUUUCUUCUCCAUCAGAUACAGCAAGUGAUACUACUUCUCCAUCACAUACAGCAAGUAACACAUCUCCAACAUAUACAGCACGUGACCCUCUUUCACCAUCAGUUAAAGCAAAUGCCACUACUUCUCCAUCAGAUACAGCAAGGGAUACUACUUCUCCAUCACAUUCCGCAAGUGACGCUACUUUUCCAUCAGAUACAGCAAGUACCACAUCAUCUCCUUCAGAUACAUUUGACACAUCUCCAUCAGAUACAGGAAGUGAGACAUCUUCAUUAGAUACAGCAAGUGAUAAUUCUUCUCCAUCAGGUACGGCAAGUGACGCUACUUCUCAAUCAGAUACAGCAAAUUGCACUACAUCGAAAUCACAUACAGCAAGUAACGCUAUGACUCAUAUAUCAGAAAUAUCUAGUGAUAUUUCAACUCAUACAACAGAAAGUAGUACUUCAUAUCUUAUAGCAGAAACAAAAAGAGAUCCUACAACUCCAACAAUAGAAAGGACAAGUGAUACAAUAACUCAUACAACAGGAACAACAAGUGAAACUUCGUCAGAAAAAAUAAGCGAUACUACAUUUCCUAUAACAGAAACUAGUGAUGCUACAACUUCCAUAACAGACAUAAGAAAUGAUACUUCAAUUUCUAUAACAGAAACAACAAGUGAUACUAUGACUACAACAACAGAAACAGCAAAUGAUCCUUCAACUGGAAGAGCAAGUUUUUUUACUACCCCUACAACAGUACCAACAAUAAAUACUAUAAACACUUCAACAGAAACAACACGUGAGAAAGCAACUCCUACAAAAGAAACAACAAAUGAUACUACAACUCUUACAAAAGAAAUAUCAAGUGAUACUCUCAUUUCUACAAAAGAAACCAAUGGUGAUACUACAACUCCUGCAACAGAAAAAACAAGAGAUACUAUUACAUCUACGAUAGAGACAACAAGUUAUUCAACAAGUUCUUCAAUAAAAAAGAGUUAUACUACAACCCAGAAAACAGAAACAGCAAGUGAAAAUAUAACAACUACAACUGAAACCAGUGAUGCAAAAACUCCACUAUUAGAAGCAAGUAAUACUACAAUUCUUACAACAGAAAUAACAAGUAAUACUAUAGCUCCUACAACUGAAACAACAAGACAUGCAAUAUCUCCUACAUCAAGCAUAACAAGUGGUACUACAUCUUCAGCAACAGGAAUAACAACUGUUACUUCAAUUCCUACAAUAGAAACAAGUGCUACUUUAAUUUCUACAACAGAAUCAACAAGUGAUACUACAACUCUGAAAACAGAAUUAACAAGUGAAAUAACAACCCUGAGAACAGAAACAACAAGUGAUACAGCAACUACUACAACUGAAACAAGUAGUGAUGCUAUUUAUACUAAAACUGAAACAAGCGACACUGCAUUUCCUACGACGGAAACAACAAGGGAUACUACAACUACUACCUUGGAAACAACAAUUUAUUCAAAAACUCCUACAGUAGAAACAAGAAGUGAUACUACAACGCCUACGAGAGAAACAGCAAGUGAUACUACAACUCCUACAACAGAAACAACAAAAGUUGCUGCAAAUCCUGCAACAGAAACUACAAGUGAUUCAACAACUCCUACAUCAGAAACACCAAGUGAAGCUACAACUCUUACAACAGAAAUAACAAGUAAUACUAUAGCUCCUACAACUGAAACAACAAGACAUGCAAUAUCUCCUACAUCAAGCAUAACAAGUGGUACUACAUCUUCAGCAACAGGAAUAACAACUGUUACUUCAAUUCCUACAAUAGAAACAAGUGCUACUUUAAUUUCUACAACAGAAUCAUCAAGUGAUACUACAACUCUGAAAACAGAAUUAACAAGUGAAAUAACAACCCUGAGAACAGAAACAACAAGAAAUACAGCAACUACUACAACUGAAACAAGUAGUGAUGCUAUUUAUACUAAAACUGAAACAAGCGACACUGCAUUUCCUACGACGGAAACAACAAGGGAUACUACAACUACUACCUUGGAAACAACAAUUUAUUCAAAAACUCCUACAGUAGAAACAAGAAGGAAUACUACAACGCCUACGAGAGAAACAGCAAGUGAUACUACAACUCCUACAACAGAAACAACAAAAGUUGCUGCAAAUCCUGCAACAGAAACUACUAGUGAUUCAACAACUCCUACAUCAGAAACACCAAGUGUAGCUGCUACAACUCUUACAACAGAAAUAACAAGUAAUACUAUAGCUCCUACAACUGAAACAACAAGUCAUGCAAUAUCUCCUACAUCAAGCAUAACAAGUGGUACUACAUCUUCAGCAACAGGAAUAACAACUGUUACUUCAAUUCCUACAACAGAAACAAGUGCUACUUUAAUUUCUACAACAGAAUCAACAAGUGAUACUACAACUCUGAAAACAGAAUUAACAAGUGAAAUAACAACCCUGAGAACAGAAACAACAAGUGAUACAGCAACUACUACAACUGAAACAAGUAGUGAUGCUAUUUAUACUAAAACUGAAACAAGCGACACUGCAUUUCCUACGACGGAAACAACAAGGGAUACUACAACUACUACCUUGGAAACAACAAUUUAUUCAAAAACUCCUACAGUAGAAACAAGAAGGAAUACUACAACGCCUACGAGAGAAACAGCAAGUGAUACUACAACUCCUACAACAGAAACAACAAAAGUUGCUGCAAAUCCUGCAACAGAAACUACAAGUGAUUCAACAACUCCUACAUCAGAAACACCAAGUGAAGCUACAACUCUUACAACAGAAAUAACAAGUCAUACUAUAGCUCCUACAACUGAAACAACAAGACAUGCAAUAUCUCCUACAUCAAGCAUAACAAGUGGUACUACAUCUUCAGCAACAGGAAUAACAACUGUUACUUCAAUUCCUACAAUAGAAACAAGUGCUACUUUAAUUUCUACAACAGAAUCAACAAGUGAUACUACAACUCUGAAAACAGAAUUAACAAGUGAAAUAACAACCCUGAGAACAGAAACAACAAGAAAUACAGCAACUACUACAACUGAAACAAGUAGUGAUGCUAUUUAUACUAAAACUGAAACAAGCGACACUGCAUUUCCUACGACGGAAACAACAAGGGAUACUACAACUACUACCUUGGAAACAACAAUUUAUUCAAAAACUCCUACAGUAGAAACAAGAAGGAAUACUACAACGCCUACGAGAGAAACAGCAAGUGAUACUACAACUCCUACAACAGAAACAACAAAAGUUGCUGCAAAUCCUGCAACAGAAACUACUAGUGAUUCAACAACUCCUACAUCAGAAACACCAAGUGUAGCUGCUACAACUCUUACAACAGAAAUAACAAGUAAUACUAUAGCUCCUACAACUGAAACAACAAGACAUGCAAUAUCUCCUACAUCAAGCAUAACAAGUGGUACUACAUCUUCAGCAACAGGAAUAACAACUGUUACUUCAAUUCCUACAAUAGAAACAAGUGCUACUUUAAUUUCUACAACAGAAUCAUCAAGUGAUACUACAACUCUGAAAACAGAAUUAACAAGUGAAAUAACAACCCUGAGAACAGAAAUAACAAGAAAUACAGCAACUACUACAACUGAAACAAGUAGUGAUGCUAUUUAUACUAAAACUGAAACAAGCGACACUGCAUUUCCUACGACGGAAACAACAAGGGAUACUACAACUACUACCUUGGAAACAACAAUUUAUUCAAAAACUCCUACAGUAGAAACAAGAAGUGAUACUACAACGCCUACGAGAGAAACAGCAAGUGAUACUACAACUCCUACAACAGAAACAACAAAAGUUGCUGCAAAUCCUGCAACAGAAACUACAAGUGAUUCAACAACUCCUACAUCAGAAACACCAAGUGAAGCUACAACUCUUACAACAGAAAUAACAAGUCAUACUAUAGCUCCUACAACUGAAACAACAAGACAUGCAAUAUCUCCUACAUCAAGCAUAACAAGUGGUACUACAUCUUCAGCAACAGGAAUAACAACUGUUACUUCAAUUCCUACAAUAGAAACAAGUGCUACUUUAAUUUCUACAACAGAAUCAUCAAGUGAUACUACAACUCUGAAAACAGAAUUAACAAGUGAAAUAACAACCCUGAGAACAGAAACAACAAGAAAUACAGCAACUACUACAACUGAAACAAGUAGUGAUGCUAUUUAUACUAAAACUGAAACAAGCGACACUGCAUUUCCUACGACGGAAACAACAAGGGAUACUACAACUACUACCUUGGAAACAACAAUUUAUUCAAAAACUCCUACAGUAGAAACAAGAAGGAAUACUACAACGCCUACGAGAGAAACAGCAAGUGAUACUACAACUCCUACAACAGAAACAACAAAAGUUGCUGCAAAUCCUGCAACAGAAACUACAAGUGAUUCAACAACUCCUACAUCAGAAACACCAAGUGUAGCUGCUACAACUCUUACAACAGAAAUAACAAGUAAUACUAUAGCUCCUACAACUGAAACAACAAGACAUGCAAUAUCUCCUACAUCAAGCAUAACAAGUGGUACUACAUCUUCAGCAACAGGAAUAACAACUGUUACUUCAAUUCCUACAACAGAAACAAGUGCUACUUUAAUUUCUACAACAGAAUCAUCAAGUGAUACUACAACUCUGAAAACAGAAUUAACAAGUGAAAUAACAACCCUGAGAACAGAAACAACAAGAAAUACAGCAACUACUACAACUGAAACAAGUAGUGAUGCUAUUUAUACUAAAACUGAAACAAGCGACACUGCAUUUCCUACGACGGAAACAACAAGGGAUACUACAACUACUACCUUGGAAACAACAAUUUAUUCAAAAACUCCUACAGUAGAAACAAGAAGGAAUACUACAACGCCUACGAGAGAAACAGCAAGUGAUACUACAACUCCUACAACAGAAACAACAAAAGUUGCUGCAAAUCCUGCAACAGAAACUACUAGUGAUUCAACAACUCCUACAUCAGAAACACCAAGUGUAGCUGCUACAACUCUUACAACAGAAAUAACAAGUAAUACUAUAGCUCCUACAACUGAAACAACAAGUCAUGCAAUAUCUCCUACAUCAAGCAUAACAAGUGGUACUACAUCUUCAGCAACAGGAAUAACAACUGUUACUUCAAUUCCUACAACAGAAACAAGUGCUACUUUAAUUUCUACAACAGAAUCAACAAGUGAUACUACAACUCUGAAAACAGAAUUAACAAGUGAAAUAACAACCCUGAGAACAGAAACAACAAGUGAUACAGCAACUACUACAACUGAAACAAGUAGUGAUGCUAUUUAUACUAAAACUGAAACAAGCGACACUGCAUUUCCUACGACGGAAACAACAAGGGAUACUACAACUACUACCUUGGAAACAACAAUUUAUUCAAAAACUCCUACAGUAGAAACAAGAAGUGAUACUACAACGCCUACGAGAGAAACAGCAAGUGAUACUACAACUCCUACAACAGAAACAACAAAAGUUGCUGCAAAUCCUGCAACAGAAACUACAAGUGAUUCAACAACUCCUACAUCAGAAACACCAAGUGAAGCUACAACACUUACAACAGAAAUAACAAGUCAUACUAUAGCUCCUACAACUGAAACAACAAGACAUGCAAUAUCUCCUACAUCAAGCAUAACAAGUGGUACUACAUCUUCAGCAACAGGAAUAACAACUGUUACUUCAAUUCCUACAAUAGAAACAAGUGCUACUUUAAUUUCUACAACAGAAUCAUCAAGUGAUACUACAACUCUGAAAACAGAAUUAACAAGUGAAAUAACAACCCUGAGAACAGAAACAACAAGAAAUACAGCAACUACUACAACUGAAACAAGUAGUGAUGCUAUUUAUACUAAAACUGAAACAAGCGACACUGCAUUUCCUACGACGGAAACAACAAGGGAUACUACAACUACUACCUUGGAAACAACAAUUUAUUCAAAAACUCCUACAGUAGAAACAAGAAGGAAUACUACAACGCCUACGAGAGAAACAGCAAGUGAUACUACAACUCCUACAACAGAAACAACAAAAGUUGCUGCAAAUCCUGCAACAGAAACUACAAGUGAUUCAACAACUCCUACAUCAGAAACACCAAGUGUAGCUGCUACAACUCUUACAACAGAAAUAACAAGUAAUACUAUAGCUCCUACAACUGAAACAACAAGUCAUGCAAUAUCUCCUACAUCAAGCAUAACAAGUGGUACUACAUCUUCAGCAACAGGAAUAACAACUGUUACUUCAAUUCCUACAACAGAAACAAGUGCUACUUUAAUUUCUACAACAGAAUCAACAAGUGAUACUACAACUCUGAAAACAGAAUUAACAAGUGAAAUAACAACCCUGAGAACAGAAACAACAAGUGAUACAGCAACUACUACAACUGAAACAAGUAGUGAUGCUAUUUAUACUAAAACUGAAACAAGCGACACUGCAUUUCCUACGACGGAAACGACAAGGGAUACUACAACUACUACCUUGGAAACAGCAAUUUAUUCAAAAACUCCUACAGUAGAAACAAGAAGUGAUACUACAACGCCUACGAGAGAAACAGCAAGUGAUACUACAACUCCUACAACAGAAACAACAAAAGUUGCUGCAAAUCCUGCAACAGAAACUACAAGUGAUUCAACAACUCCUACAUCAGAAACACCAAGUGUAGCUGCUACAACUCUUACAACAGAAAUAACAAGUAAUACUAUAGCUCCUACAACUGAAACAACAAGUCAUGCAAUAUCUCCUACAUCAAGCAUAACAAGUGGUACUACAUCUUCAGCAACAGGAAUAACAACUGUUACUUCAAUUCCUACAAUAGAAACAAGUGCUACUUUAAUUUCUACAACAGAAUCAACAAGUGAUACUACAACUCUGAAAACAGAAUUAACAAGUGAAAUAACAACCCUGAGAACAGAAACAACAAGUGAUACAGCAACUACUACAACUGAAACAAGUAGUGAUGCUAUUUAUACUAAAACUGAAACAAGCGACACUGCAUUUCCUACGACGGAAACGACAAGGGAUACUACAACUACUACCUUGGAAACAACAAUUUAUUCAAAAACUCCUACAGUAGAAACAAGAAGUGAUACUACAACGCCUACGAGAGAAACAGCAAGUGAUACUACAACUCCUACAACAGAAACAACAAAAGUUGCUGCAAAUCCUGCAACAGAAACUACUAGUGAUUCAACAACUCCUACAUCAGAAACACCAAGUGUAGCUGCUACAACUCUUACAACAGAAAUAACAAGUAAUACUAUAGCUCCUACAACUGAAACAACAAGUCAUGCAAUAUCUCCUACAUCAAGCAUAACAAGUGGUACUACAUCUUCAGCAACAGGAAUAACAACUGUUACUUCAAUUCCUACAAUAGAAACAAGUGCUACUUUAAUUUCUACAACAGAAUCAACAAGUGAUACUACAACUCUGAAAACAGAAUUAACAAGUGAAAUAACAACCCUGAGAACAGAAACAACAAGUGAUACAGCAACUACUACAACUGAAACAAGUAGUGAUGCUAUUUAUACUAAAACUGAAACAAGCGACACUGCAUUUCCUACGACGGAAACGACAAGGGAUACUACAACUACUACCUUGGAAACAACAAUUUAUUCAAAAACUCCUACAGUAGAAAGAAGAAGUGAUACUACAACGCCUACGAGAGAAACAGCAAGUGAUACUACAACUCCUACAACAGAAACAACAAAAGUUGCUGCAAAUCCUGCAACAGAAACUACUAGUGAUUCAACAACUCCUACAUCAGAAACACCAAGUGUAGCUGCUACAACUCUUACAACAGAAAUAACAAGUAAUACUAUAGCUCCUACAACUGAAACAACAAGUCAUGCAAUAUCUCCUACAUCAAGCAUAACAAGUGGUACUACAUCUUCAGCAACAGGAAUAACAACUGUUACUUCAAUUCCUACAACAGAAACAAGUGCUACUUUAAUUUCUACAACAGAAUCAACAAGUGAUACUACAACUCUGAAAACAGAAUUAACAAGUGAAAUAACAACCCUGAGAACAGAAACAACAAGUGAUACAGCAACUACUACAACUGAAACAAGUAGUGAUGCUAUUUAUACUAAAACUGAAACAAGCGACACUGCAUUUCCUACGACGGAAACGACAAGGGAUACUACAACUACUACCUUGGAAACAGCAAUUUAUUCAAAAACUCCUACAGUAGAAACAAGAAGUGAUACUACAACGCCUACGAGAGAAACAGCAAGUGAUACUACAACUCCUACAACAGAAACAACAAAAGUUGCUGCAAAUCCUGCAACAGAAACUACAAGUGAUUCAACAACUCCUACAUCAGAAACACCAAGUGUAGCUGCUACAACUCUUACAACAGAAAUAACAAGUAAUACUAUAGCUCCUACAACUGAAACAACAAGUCAUGCAAUAUCUCCUACAUCAAGCAUAACAAGUGGUACUACAUCUUCAGCAACAGGAAUAACAACUGUUACUUCAAUUCCUACAAUAGAAACAAGUGCUACUUUAAUUUCUACAACAGAAUCAACAAGUGAUACUACAACUCUGAAAACAGAAUUAACAAGUGAAAUAACAACCCUGAGAACAGAAACAACAAGUGAUACAGCAACUACUACAACUGAAACAAGUAGUGAUGCUAUUUAUACUAAAACUGAAACAAGCGACACUGCAUUUCCUACGACGGAAACGACAAGGGAUACUACAACUACUACCUUGGAAACAACAAUUUAUUCAAAAACUCCUACAGUAGAAACAAGAAGUGAUACUACAACGCCUACGAGAGAAACAGCAAGUGAUACUACAACUCCUACAACAGAAACAACAAAAGUUGCUGCAAAUCCUGCAACAGAAACUACUAGUGAUUCAACAACUCCUACAUCAGAAACACCAAGUGUAGCUGCUACAACUCUUACAACAGAAAUAACAAGUAAUACUAUAGCUCCUACAACUGAAACAACAAGUCAUGCAAUAUCUCCUACAUCAAGCAUAACAAGUGGUACUACAUCUUCAGCAACAGGAAUAACAACUGUUACUUCAAUUCCUACAAUAGAAACAAGUGCUACUUUAAUUUCUACAACAGAAUCAACAAGUGAUACUACAACUCUGAAAACAGAAUUAACAAGUGAAAUAACAACCCUGAGAACAGAAACAACAAGUGAUACAGCAACUACUACAACUGAAACAAGUAGUGAUGCUAUUUAUACUAAAACUGAAACAAGCGACACUGCAUUUCCUACGACGGAAACGACAAGGGAUACUACAACUACUACCUUGGAAACAACAAUUUAUUCAAAAACUCCUACAGUAGAAACAAGAAGUGAUACUACAACGCCUACGAGAGAAACAGCAAGUGAUACUACAACUCCUACAACAGAAACAACAAAAGUUGCUGCAAAUCCUGCAACAGAAACUACUAGUGAUUCAACAACUCCUACAUCAGAAACACCAAGUGUAGCUGCUACAACUCUUACAACAGAAAUAACAAGUAAUACUAUAGCUCCUACAACUGAAACAACAAGUCAUGCAAUAUCUCCUACAUCAAGCAUAACAAGUGGUACUACAUCUUCAGCAACAGGAAUAACAACUGUUACUUCAAUUCCUACAAUAGAAACAAGUGCUACUUUAAUUUCUACAACAGAAUCAACAAGUGAUACUACAACUCUGAAAACAGAAUUAACAAGUGAAAUAACAACCCUGAGAACAGAAACAACAAGUGAUACAGCAACUACUACAACUGAAACAAGUAGUGAUGCUAUUUAUACUAAAACUGAAACAAGCGACACUGCAUUUCCUACGACGGAAACGACAAGGGAUACUACAACUACUACCUUGGAAACAACAAUUUAUUCAAAAACUCCUACAGUAGAUACAAGAAGUGAUACUACAACGCCUACGAGAGAAACAGCAAGUGAUACUACAACUCCUACAACAGAAACAACAAAAGUUGCUGCAAAUCCUGCAACAGAAACUACUAGUGAUUCAACAACUCCUACAUCAGAAACACCAAGUGUAGCUGCUACAACUCUUACAACAGAAAUAACAAGUAAUACUAUAGCUCCUACAACUGAAACAACAAGUCAUGCAAUAUCUCCUACAUCAAGCAUAACAAGUGGUACUACAUCUUCAGCAACAGGAAUAACAACUGUUACUUCAAUUCCUACAACAGAAACAAGUGCUACUUUAAUUUCUACAACAGAAUCAACAAGUGAUACUACAACUCUGAAAACAGAAUUAACAAGUGAAAUAACAACCCUGAGAACAGAAACAACAAGUAAUGCAGCAACUACUACAACUGAAACAAGUAGUGAUGCUAUUUAUACUAAAACUGAAACAAGCGACACUGCAUUUCCUACGACGGAAACGACAAGGGAUACUACAACUACUACCUUGGAAACAACAAUUUAUUCAAAAACUCCUACAGUAGAAACAAGAAGUGAUACUACAACGCCUACGAGAGAAACAGCAAGUGAUACUACAACUCCUACAACAGAAACAACAAAAGUUGCUGCAAAUCCUGCAACAGAAACUACUAGUGAUUCAACAACUCCUACAUCAGAAACACCAAGUGUAGCUGCUACAACUCUUACAACAGAAAUAACAAGUAAUACUAUAGCUCCUACAACUGAAACAACAAGUCAUGCAAUAUCUCCUACAUCAAGCAUAACAAGUGGUACUACAUCUUCAGCAACAGGAAUAACAACUGUUACUUCAAUUCCUACAAUAGAAACAAGUGCUACUUUAAUUUCUACAACAGAAUCAACAAGUGAUACUACAACUCUGAAAACAGAAUUAACAAGUGAAAUAACAACCCUGAGAACAGAAACAGCAAGUGAUACAGCAACUACUACAACUGAAACAAGUAGUGAUGCUAUUUAUACUAAAACUGAAACAAGCGACACUGCAUUUCCUACGACGGAAACAACAAGGGAUACUACAACUACUACCUUGGAAACAACAAUUUAUUCAAAAACUCCUACAGUAGAAACAAGAAGUGAUACUACAACGCCUACGAGAGAAACAGCAAGUGAUACUACAACUCCUACAACAGAAACAACAAAAGUUGCUGCAAAUCCUGCAACAGAAACUACAAGUGAUUCAACAACUCCUACAUCAGAAACACCAAGUGUAGCUGCUACAACUCUUACAACAGAAAUAACAAGUAAUACUAUAGCUCCUACAACUGAAACAACAAGACAUGCAAUAUCUCCUACAUCAAGCAUAACAAGUGGUACUACAUCUUCAGCAACAGGAAUAACAACUGUUACUUCAAUUCCUACAACAGAAACAAGUGCUACUUUAAUUUCUACAACAGAAUCAUCAAGUGAUACUACAACUCUGAAAACAGAAUUAACAAGUGAAAUAACAACCCUGAGAACAGAAACAACAAGUGAUACAGCAACUACUACAACUGAAACAAGUAGUGAUGCUAUUUAUACUAAAACUGAAACAAGCGACACUGCAUUUCCUACGACGGAAACGACAAGGGAUACUACAACUACUACCUUGGAAACAACAAUUUAUUCAAAAACUCCUACAGUAGAAACAAGAAGUGAUACUACAACGCCUACGAGAGAAACAGCAAGUGAUACUACAACUCCUACAACAGAAACAACAAAAGUUGCUGCAAAUCCUGCAACAGAAACUACAAGUGAUUCAACAACUCCUACAUCAGAAACACCAAGUGUAGCUGCUACAACUCUUACAACAGAAAUAACAAGUAAUACUAUAGCUCCUACAACUGAAACAACAAGUCAUGCAAUAUCUCCUACAUCAAGCAUAACAAGUGGUACUACAUCUUCAGCAACAGGAAUAACAACUGUUACUUCAAUUCCUACAAUAGAAACAAGUGCUACUUUAAUUUCUACAACAGAAUCAACAAGUGAUACUACAACUCUGAAAACAGAAUUAACAAGUGAAAUAACAACCCUGAGAACAGAAACAACAAGUGAUACAGCAACUACUACAACUGAAACAAGUAGUGAUGCUAUUUAUACUAAAACUGAAACAAGCGACACUGCAUUUCCUACGACGGAAACAACAAGGGAUACUACAACUACUACCUUGGAAACAACAAUUUAUUCAAAAACUCCUACAGUAGAAACAAGAAGUGAUACUACAACGCCUACGAGAGAAACAGCAAGUGAUACUACAACUCCUACAACAGAAACAACAAAAGUUGCUGCAAAUCCUGCAACAGAAACUACAAGUGAUUCAACAACUCCUACAUCAGAAACACCAAGUGUAGCUGCUACAACUCUUACAACAGAAAUAACAAGUAAUACUAUAGCUCCUACAACUGAAACAACAAGACAUGCAAUAUCUCCUACAUCAAGCAUAACAAGUGGUACUACAUCUUCAGCAACAGGAAUAACAACUGUUACUUCAAUUCCUACAACAGAAACAAGUGCUACUUUAAUUUCUACAACAGAAUCAUCAAGUGAUACUACAACUCUGAAAACAGAAUUAACAAGUGAAAUAACAACCCUGAGAACAGAAACAACAAGUGAUACAGCAACUACUACAACUGAAACAAGUAGUGAUGCUAUUUAUACUAAAACUGAAACAAGCGACACUGCAUUUCCUACGACGGAAACGACAAGGGAUACUACAACUACUACCUUGGAAACAACAAUUUAUUCAAAAACUCCUACAGUAGAAACAAGAAGUGAUACUACAACGCCUACGAGAGAAACAGCAAGUGAUACUACAACUCCUACAACAGAAACAACAAAAGUUGCUGCAAAUCCUGCAACAGAAACUACAAGUGAUUCAACAACUCCUACAUCAGAAACACCAAGUGUAGCUGCUACAACUCUUACAACAGAAAUAACAAGUAAUACUAUAGCUCCUACAACUGAAACAACAAGUCAUGCAAUAUCUCCUACAUCAAGCAUAACAAGUGGUACUACAUCUUCAGCAACAGGAAUAACAACUGUUACUUCAAUUCCUACAAUAGAAACAAGUGCUACUUUAAUUUCUACAACAGAAUCAACAAGUGAUACUACAACUCUGAAAACAGAAUUAACAAGUGAAAUAACAACCCUGAGAACAGAAACAACAAGUGAUACAGCAACUACUACAACUGAAACAAGUAGUGAUGCUAUUUAUACUAAAACUGAAACAAGCGACACUGCAUUUCCUACGACGGAAACAACAAGGGAUACUACAACUACUACCUUGGAAACAACAAUUUAUUCAAAAACUCCUACAGUAGAAACAAGAAGUGAUACUACAACGCCUACGAGAGAAACAGCAAGUGAUACUACAACUCCUACAACAGAAACAACAAAAGUUGCUGCAAAUCCUGCAACAGAAACUACAAGUGAUUCAACAACUCCUACAUCAGAAACACCAAGUGUAGCUGCUACAACUCUUACAACAGAAAUAACAAGUAAUACUAUAGCUCCUACAACUGAAACAACAAGUCAUGCAAUAUCUCCUACAUCAAGCAUAACAAGUGGUACUACAUCUUCAGCAACAGGAAUAACAACUAUUACUUCAAUUCCUACAAUAGAAACAAGUGCUACUUUAAUUUCUACAACAGAAUCAACAAGUGAUACUACAACUCUGAAAACAGAAUUAACAAGUGAAAUAACAACCCUGAGAACAGAAACAACAAGUGAUACAGCAACUACUACAACUGAAACAAGUAGUGAUGCUAUUUAUACUAAAACUGAAACAAGCGACACUGCAUUUCCUACGACGGAAACAACAAGGGAUACUACAACUACUACCUUGGAAACAACAAUUUAUUCAAAAACUCCUACAGUAGAAACAAGAAGUGAUACUACAACGCCUACGAGAGAAACAGCAAGUGAUACUACAACUCCUACAACAGAAACAACAAAAGUUGCUGCAAAUCCUGCAACAGAAACUACAAGUGAUUCAACAACUCCUACAUCAGAAACACCAAGUGUAGCUGCUACAACUCUUACAACAGAAAUAACAAGUAAUACUAUAGCUCCUACAACUGAAACAACAAGACAUGCAAUAUCUCCUACAUCAAGCAUAACAAGUGGUACUACAUCUUCAGCAACAGGAAUAACAACUGUUACUUCAAUUCCUACAAUAGAAACAAGUGCUACUUUAAUUUCUACAACAGAAUCAUCAAGUGAUACUACAACUCUGAAAACAGAAUUAACAAGUGAAAUAACAACCCUGAGAACAGAAACAACAAGUGAUGCAGCAACUACUACAACUGAAACAAGUAGUGAUGCUAUUUAUACUAAAACUGAAACAAGCGACACUGCAUUUCCUACGACGGAAACGACAAGGGAUACUACAACUACUACCUUGGAAACAACAAUUUAUUCAAAAACUCCUACAGUAGAAACAAGAAGUGAUACUACAACGCCUACGAGAGAAACAGCAAGUGAUACUACAACUCCUACAACAGAAACAACAAAAGUUGCUGCAAAUCCUGCAACAGAAACUACAAGUGAUUCAACAACUCCUACAUCAGAAACACCAAGUGUAGCUGCUACAACUCUUACAACAGAAAUAACAAGUAAUACUAUAGCUCCUACAACUGAAACAACAAGUCAUGCAAUAUCUCCUACAUCAAGCAUAACAAGUGGUACUACAUCUUCAGCAACAGGAAUAACAACUAUUACUUCAAUUCCUACAAUAGAAACAAGUGCUACUUUAAUUUCUACAACAGAAUCAACAAGUGAUAUUACAACUCUGAAAACAGAAUUAACAAGUGAAAUAACAACCCUGAGAACAGAAACAACAAGUGAUACAGCAACUACUACAACUGAAACAAGUAGUGAUGCUAUUUAUACUAAAACUGAAACAAGCGACACUGCAUUUCCUACGACGGAAACAACAAGGGAUACUACAACUACUACCUUGGAAACAACAAUUUAUUCAAAAACUCCUACAGUAGAAACAAGAAGUGAUACUACAACGCCUACGAGAGAAACAGCAAGUGAUACUACAACUCCUACAACAGAAACAACAAAAGUUGCUGCAAAUCCUGCAACAGAAACUACAAGUGAUUCAACAACUCCUACAUCAGAAACACCAAGUGUAGCUGCUACAACUCUUACAACAGAAAUAACAAGUAAUACUAUAGCUCCUACAACUGAAACAACAAGACAUGCAAUAUCUCCUACAUCAAGCAUAACAAGUGGUACUACAUCUUCAGCAACAGGAAUAACAACUGUUACUUCAAUUCCUACAACAGAAACAAGUGCUACUUUAAUUUCUACAACAGAAUCAUCAAGUGAUACUACAACUCUGAAAACAGAAUUAACAAGUGAAAUAACAACCCUGAGAACAGAAACAACAAGUGAUACAGCAACUACUACAACUGAAACAAGUAGUGAUGCUAUUUAUACUAAAACUGAAACAAGCGACACUGCAUUUCCUACGACGGAAACGAGAAGGGAUACUACAACUACUACCUUGGAAACAACAAUUUAUUCAAAAACUCCUACAGUAGAAACAAGAAGUGAUACUACAACGCCUACGAGAGAAACAGCAAGUGAUACUACAACUCCUACAACAGAAACAACAAAAAUUGCUGCAAAUCCUGCAACAGAAACUACUAGUGAUUCAACAACUCCUACAUCAGAAACACCAAGUGUAGCUGCUACAACUCUUACAACAGAAAUAACAAGUAAUACUAUAGCUCCUACAACUGAAACAACAAGUCAUGCAAUAUCUCCUACAUCAAGCAUAACAAGUGGUACUACAUCUUCAGCAACAGGAAUAACAACUAUUACUUCAAUUCCUACAAUAGAAACAAGUGCUACUUUAAUUUCUACAACAAAAUCAACAAGUGAUACUACAACUCUGAAAACAGAAUUAACAAGUGAAAUAACAACCCUGAGAACAGAAACAACAAGUGAUACAGCAACUACUACAACUGAAACAAGUAGUGAUGCUAUUUAUACUAAAACUGAAACAAGCGACACUGCAUUUCCUACGACGGAAACAACAAGGGAUACUACAACUACUACCUUGGAAACAACAAUUUAUUCAAAAACUCCUACAGUAGAAACAAGAAGUGAUACUACAACGCCUACGAGAGAAACAGCAAGUGAUACUACAACUCCUACAACAGAAACAACAAAAGUUGCUGCAAAUCCUGCAACAGAAACUACAAGUGAUUCAACAACUCCUACAUCAGAAACACCAAGUGUAGCUGUUACAACUCUUACAACAGAUAUAACAAGUAAUACUAUAGCUCCUACAACUGAAACAACAAGUCAUGCAAUAUCUCCUACAUCAAGCAUAACAAGUGGUACUACAUCUUCAGCAACAGGAAUAACAACUGUUACUUCAAUUCCUACAACAGAAACAAGUGCUACUUUAAUUUCUACAACAGAAUCAUCAAGUGAUACUACAACUCUGAAAACAGAAUUAACAAGUGAAAUAACAACCCUGAGAACAGAAACAACAAGUGAUACAGCAACUACUACAACUGAAACAAGUAGUGAUGCUAUUUAUACUAAAACUGAAACAAGCGACACUGCAUUUCCUACGACGGAAACGACAAGGGAUACUACAAUUACUACCUUGGAAACAACAAUUUAUUCAAAAACUCCUACAGUAGAAACAAGAAGUGAUACUACAACGCCUACGAGAGAAACAGCAAGUGAUACUACAACUCCUACAACAGAAACAACAAAAGUUGCUGCAAAUCCUGCAACAGAAACUACAAGUGAUUCAACAACUCCUACAUCAGAAACACCAAGUGUAGCUGCUACAACUCUUACAACAGAAAUAACAAGUAAUACUAUAGCUCCUACAACUGAAACAACAAGUCAUGCAAUAUCUCCUACAUCAAGCAUAACAAGUGGUACUACAUCUUCAGCAACAGGAAUAACAACUAUUACUUCAAUUCCUACAAUAGAAACAAGUGCUACUUUAAUUUCUACAACAGAAUCAACAAGUGAUACUACAACUCUGAAAACAGAAUUAACAAGUGAAAUAACAACCCUGAGAACAGAAACAACAAGUGAUACAGCAACUACUACAACUGAAACAAGUAGUGAUGCUAUUUAUACUAAAACUGAAACAAGCGACACUGCAUUUCCUACGACGGAAACAACAAGGGAUACUACAACUACUACCUUGGAAACAACAAUUUAUUCAAAAACUCCUACAGUAGAAACAAGAAGUGAUACUACAACGCCUACGAGAGAAACAGCAAGUGAUACUACAACUCCUACAACAGAAACAACAAAAGUUGCUGCAAAUCCUGCAACAGAAACUACAAGUGAUUCAACAACUCCUACAUCAGAAACACCAAGUGUAGUUGCUACAACUCUUACAACAGAAAUAACAAGUAAUACUAUAGCUCCUACAACUGAAACAACAAGACAUGCAAUAUCUCCUACAUCAAGCAUAACAAGUGGUACUACAUCUUCAGCAACAGGAAUAACAACUGUUACUUCAAUUCCUACAACAGAAACAAGUGCUACUUUAAUUUCUACAACAGAAUCAUCAAGUGAUACUACAACUCUGAAAACAGAAUUAACAAGUGAAAUAACAACCCUGAGAACAGAAACAACAAGUGAUACAGCAACUACUACAACUGAAACAAGUAGUGAUGCUAUUUAUACUAAAACUGAAACAAGCGACACUGCAUUUCCUACGACGGAAACGACAAGGGAUACUACAAUUACUACCUUGGAAACAACAAUUUAUUCAAAAACUCCUACAGUAGAAACAAGAAGUGAUACUACAACGCCUACGAGAGAAACAGCAAGUGAUACUACAACUCCUACAACAGAAACAACAAAAGUUGCUGCAAAUCCUGCAACAGAAACUACAAGUGAUUCAACAACUCCUACAUCAGAAACACCAAGUGUAGCUGCUACAACUCUUACAACAGAAAUAACAAGUAAUACUAUAGCUCCUACAACUGAAACAACAAGUCAUGCAAUAUCUCCUACAUCAAGCAUAACAAGUGGUACUACAUCUUCAGCAACAGGAAUAACAACUGUUACUUCAAUUCCUACAAUAGAAACAAGUGCUACUUUAAUUUCUACAAAAGAAUCAACAAGUGAUACUACAACUCUGAAAACAGAAUUAACAAGUGAAAUAACAACCCUGAGAACAGAAACAACAAGUGAUACAGCAACUACUACAACUGAAACAAGUAGUGAUGCUAUUUAUACUAAAACUAAAACAAGCGACACUGCAUUUCCUACGACGGAAACAACAAGGGAUACUACAACUACUACCUUGGAAACAACAAUUUAUUCAAAAACUCCUACAGUAGAAACAAGAAGUGAUACUACAACGCCUACGAGAGAAACAGCAAGUGAUACUACAACUCCUACAACAGAAACAACAAAAGUUGCUGCAAAUCCUGCAACAGAAACUACAAGUGAUUCAACAACUCCUACAUCAGAAACACCAAGUGUAGCUGCUACAACUCUUACAACAGAAAUAACAAGUAAUACUAUAGCUCCUACAACUGAAACAACAAGACAUGCAAUAUCUCCUACAUCAAGCAUAACAAGUGGUACUACAUCUUCAGCAACAGGAAUAACAACUGUUACUUCAAUUCCUACAACAGAAACAAGUGCUACUUUAAUUUCUACAACAGAAUCAUCAAGUGAUACUACAACUCUGAAAACAGAAUUAACAAGUGAAAUAACAACCCUGAGAACAGAAACAACAAGUGAUACAGCAACUACUACAACUGAAACAAGUAGUGAUGCUAUUUAUACUAAAACUGAAACAAGCGACACUGCAUUUCCUACGACGGAAACAACAAGGGAUACUACAACUACUACCUUGGAAACAACAAUUUAUUCAAAAACUCCUACAGUAGAAACAAGAAGUGAUACUACAACGCCUACGAGAGAAACAGCAAGUGAUACUACAACUCCUACAACAGAAACAACAAAAGUUGCUGCAAAUCCUGCAACAGAAACUACAAGUGAUUCAACAACUCCUACAUCAGAAACACCAAGUGUAGCUGCUACAACUCUUACAACAGAAAUAACAAGUAAUACUAUAGCUCCUACAACUGAAACAACAAGACAUGCAAUAUCUCCUACAUCAAGCAUAACAAGUGGUACUACAUCUUCAGCAACAGGAAUAACAACUGUUACUUCAAUUCCUACAACAGAAACAAGUGCUACUUUAAUUUCUACAACAGAAUCAUCAAGUGAUACUACAACUCUGAAAACAGAAUUAACAAGUGAAAUAACAACCCUGAGAACAGAAACAACAAGUGAUACAGCAACUACUACAACUGAAACAAGUAGUGAUGCUAUUUAUACUAAAACUGAAACAAGCGACACUGCAUUUCCUACGACGGAAACAACAAGGGAUACUACAACUACUACCUUGGAAACAACAAUUUAUUCAAAAACUCCUACAGUAGAAACAAGAAGUGAUACUACAACGCCUACGAGAGAAACAGCAAGUGAUACUACAACUCCUACAACAGAAACAACAAAAGUUGCUGCAAAUCCUGCAACAGAAACUACAAGUGAUUCAACAACUCCUACAUCAGAAACACCAAGUGUAGCUGCUACAACUCUUACAACAGAAAUAACAAGUAAUACUAUAGCUCCUACAACUGAAACAACAAGACAUGCAAUAUCUCCUACAUCAAGCAUAACAAGUGGUACUACAUCUUCAGCAACAGGAAUAACAACUGUUACUUCAAUUCCUACAAUAGAAACAAGUGCUACUUUAAUUUCUACAACAGAAUCAUCAAGUGAUACUACAACUCUGAAAACAGAAUUAACAAGUGAAAUAACAACCCUGAGAACAGAAACAACAAGUGAUACAGCAACUACUACAACUGAAACAAUAGAAACAAGAAGUGAUACUACAACGCCUACGAGAGAAACAGCAAGUGAUACUACAACUCCUACAACAGAAACAACAAAAGUUGCUGCAAAUCCUGCAACAGAAACUACAAGUGAUUCAACAACUCCUACAUCAGAAACACCAAGUGUAGCUGCUACAACUCUUACAACAGAAAUAACAAGUAAUACUAUAGCUCCUACAACUGAAACAACAAGUCAUGCAAUAUCUCCUACAUCAAGCAUAACAAGUGGUACUACAUCUUCAGCAACAGGAAUAACAACUAUUACUUCAAUUCCUACAAUAGAAACAAGUGCUACUUUAAUUUCUACAACAGAAUCAACAAGUGAUACUACAACUCUGAAAACAGAAUUAACAAGUGAAAUAACAACCCUGAGAACAGAAACAACAAGUGAUACAGCAACUACUACAACUGAAACAAGUAGUGAUGCUAUUUAUACUAAAACUAAAACAAGCGACACUGCAUUUCCUACGACGGAAACAACAAGGGAUACUACAACUACUACCUUGGAAACAACAAUUUAUUCAAAAACUCCUACAGUAGAAACAAGAAGUGAUACUACAACGCCUACGAGAGAAACAGCAAGUGAUACUACAACUCCUACAACAGAAACAACAAAAGUUGCUGCAAAUCCUGCAACAGAAACUACAAGUGAUUCAACAACUCCUACAUCAGAAACACCAAGUGUAGCUGCUACAACUCUUACAACAGAAAUAACAAGUAAUACUAUAGCUCCUACAACUGAAACAACAAGACAUGCAAUAUCUCCUACAUCAAGCAUAACAAGUGGUACUACAUCUUCAGCAACAGGAAUAACAACUGUUACUUCAAUUCCUACAACAGAAACAAGUGCUACUUUAAUUUCUACAACAGAAUCAUCAAGUGAUACUACAACUCUGAAAACAGAAUUAACAAGUGAAAUAACAACCCUGAGAACAGAAACAACAAGUGAUACAGCAACUACUACAACUGAAACAAGUAGUGAUGCUAUUUAUACUAAAACUGAAACAAGCGACACUGCAUUUCCUACGACGGAAACAACAAGGGAUACUACAACUACUACCUUGGAAACAACAAUUUAUUCAAAAACUCCUACAGUAGAAACAAGAAGUGAUACUACAACGCCUACGAGAGAAACAGCAAGUGAUACUACAACUCCUACAACAGAAACAACAAAAGUUGCUGCAAAUCCUGCAACAGAAACUACAAGUGAUUCAACAACUCCUACAUCAGAAACACCAAGUGUAGCUGCUACAACUCUUACAACAGAAAUAACAAGUAAUACUAUAGCUCCUACAACUGAAACAACAAGACAUGCAAUAUCUCCUACAUCAAGCAUAACAAGUGGUACUACAUCUUCAGCAACAGGAAUAACAACUGUUACUUCAAUUCCUACAACAGAAACAAGUGCUACUUUAAUUUCUACAACAGAAUCAUCAAGUGAUACUACAACUCUGAAAACAGAAUUAACAAGUGAAAUAACAACCCUGAGAACAGAAACAACAAGUGAUACAGCAACUACUACAACUGAAACAAGUAGUGAUGCUAUUUAUACUAAAACUGAAACAAGCGACACUGCAUUUCCUACGACGGAAACAACAAGGGAUACUACAACUACUACCUUGGAAACAACAAUUUAUUCAAAAACUCCUACAGUAGAAACAAGAAGUGAUACUACAACGCCUACGAGAGAAACAGCAAGUGAUACUACAACUCCUACAACAGAAACAACAAAAGUUGCUGCAAAUCCUGCAACAGAAACUACAAGUGAUUCAACAACUCCUACAUCAGAAACACCAAGUGUAGCUGCUACAACUCUUACAACAGAAAUAACAAGUAAUACUAUAGCUCCUACAACUGAAACAACAAGACAUGCAAUAUCUCCUACAUCAAGCAUAACAAGUGGUACUACAUCUUCAGCAACAGGAAUAACAACUGUUACUUCAAUUCCUACAAUAGAAACAAGUGCUACUUUAAUUUCUACAACAGAAUCAUCAAGUGAUACUACAACUCUGAAAACAGAAUUAACAAGUGAAAUAACAACCCUGAGAACAGAAACAACAAGUGAUACAGCAACUACUACAACUGAAACAAGUAGUGAUGCUAUUUAUACUAAAACUGAAACAAGCGACACUGCAUUUCCUACGACGGAAACAACAAGGGAUACUACAACUACUACCUUGGAAACAACAAUUUAUUCAAAAACUCCUACAGUAGAAACAAGAAGUGAUACUACAACGCCUACGAGAGAAACAGCAAGUGAUACUACAACUCCUACAACAGAAACAACAAAAGUUGCUGCAAAUCCUGCAACAGAAACUACAAGUGAUUCAACAACUCCUACAUCAGAAACACCAAGUGUAGCUGCUACAACUCUUACAACAGAAAUAACAAGUAAUACUAUAGCUCCUACAACUGAAACAACAAGACAUGCAAUAUCUCCUACAUCAAGCAUAACAAGUGGUACUACAUCUUCAGCAACAGGAAUAACAACUGUUACUUCAAUUCCUACAAUAGAAACAAGUGCUACUUUAAUUUCUACAACAGAAUCAUCAAGUGAUACUACAACUCUGAAAACAGAAUUAACAAGUGAAAUAACAACCCUGAGAACAGAAACAACAAGUGAUACAGCAACUACUACAACUGAAACAAGUAGUGAUGCUAUUUAUACUAAAACUGAAACAAGCGACACUGCAUUUCCUACGACGGAAACGACAAGGGAUACUACAAUUACUACCUUGGAAACAACAAUUUAUUCAAAAACUCCUACAGUAGAAAGAAGAAGUGAUACUACAACGCCUACGAGAGAAACAGCAAGUGAUACUACAACUCCUACAACAGAAACAACAAAAGUUGCUGCAAAUCCUGCAACAGAAACUACAAGUGAUUCAACAACUCCUACAUCAGAAACACCAAGUGUAGCUGUUACAACUCUUACAACAGAAAUAACAAGUAAUACUAUAGCUCCUACAACUGAAACAACAAGUCAUGCAAUAUCUCCUACAUCAAGCAUAACAAGUGGUACUACAUCUUCAGCAACAGGAAUAACAACUGUUACUUCAAUUCCUACAACAGAAACAAGUGCUACUUUAAUUUCUACAACAGAAUCAUCAAGUGAUACUACAACUCUGAAAACAGAAUUAACAAGUGAAAUAACAACCCUGAGAACAGAAACAACAAGUGAUACAGCAACUACUACAACUGAAACAAGUAGUGAUGCUAUUUAUACUAAAACUGAAACAAGCGACACUGCAUUUCCUACGACGGAAACAACAAGGGAUACUACAACUACUACCUUGGAAACAACAAUUUAUUCAAAAACUCCUACAGUAGAAAGAAGAAGUGAUACUACAACGCCUACGAGAGAAACAGCAAGUGAUACUACAACUCCUACAACAGAAACAACAAAAGUUGCUGCAAAUCCUGCAACAGAAACUACAAGUGAUUCAACAACUCCUACAUCAGAAACACCAAGUGUAGCUGCUACAACUCUUACAACAGAAAUAACAAGUAAUACUAUAGCUCCUACAACUGAAACAACAAGACAUGCAAUAUCUCCUACAUCAAGCAUAACAAGUGGUACUACAUCUUCAGCAACAGGAAUAACAACUGUUACUUCAAUUCCUACAAUAGAAACAAGUGCUACUUUAAUUUCUACAACAGAAUCAUCAAGUGAUACUACAACUCUGAAAACAGAAUUAACAAGUGAAAUAACAACCCUGAGAACAGAAACAACAAGUGAUACAGCAACUACUACAACUGAAACAAGUUGUGAUGCUAUUUAUACUAAAACUGAAACAAGCGACACUGCAUUUCCUACGACGGAAACAACAAGGGAUACUACAACUACUACCUUGGAAACAACAAUUUAUUCAAAAACUCCUACAGUAGAAACAAGAAGUGAUACUACAACGCCUACGAGAGAAACAGCAAGUGAUACUACAACUCCUACAACAGAAACAACAAAAGUUGCUGCAAAUCCUGCAACAGAAACUACAAGUGAUUCAACAACUCCUACAUCAGAAACACCAAGUGUAGCUGCUACAACUCUUACAACAGAAAUAACAAGUAAUACUAUAGCUCCUACAACUGAAACAACAAGACAUGCAAUAUCUCCUACAUCAAGCAUAACAAGUGGUACUACAUCUUCAGCAACAGGAAUAACAACUGUUACUUCAAUUCCUACAAUAGAAACAAGUGCUACUUUAAUUUCUACAACAGAAUCAUCAAGUGAUACUACAACUCUGAAAACAGAAUUAACAAGUGAAAUAACAACCCUGAGAACAGAAACAACAAGUGAUACAGCAACUACUACAACUGAAACAAGUAGUGAUGCUAUUUAUACUAAAACUGAAACAAGCGACACUGCAUUUUCUACGACGGAAACAACAAGGGAUACUACAACUACUACCUUGGAAACAACAAUUUAUUCAAAAACUCCUACAGUAGAAAGAAGAAGUGAUACUACAACGCCUACGAGAGAAACAGCAAGUGAUACUACAACUCCUACAACAGAAACAACAAAAAUUGCUGCAAAUCCUGCAACAGAAACUACUAGUGAUUCAACAACUCCUACAUCAGAAACACCAAGUGUAGCUGCUACAACUCUUACAACAGAAAUAACAAGUAAUACUAUAGCUCCUACAACUGAAACAACAAGUCAUGCAAUAUCUCCUACAUCAAGCAUAACAAGUGGUACUACAUCUUCAGCAACAGGAAUAACAACUAUUACUUCAAUUCCUACAAUAGAAACAAGUGCUACUUUAAUUUCUACAACAGAAUCAACAAGUGAUACUACAACUCUGAAAACAGAAUUAACAAGUGAAAUAACAACCCUGAGAACAGAAACAACAAGUGAUACAGCAACUACUACAACUGAAACAAGUAGUGAUGCUAUUUAUACUAAAACUGAAACAAGCGACACUGCAUUUCCUACGACGGAAACAACAAGGGAUACUACAACUACUACCUUGGAAACAACAAUUUAUUCAAAAACUCCUACAGUAGAAACAAGAAGUGAUACUACAACGCCUACGAGAGAAACAGCAAGUGAUACUACAACUCCUACAACAGAAACAACAAAAGUUGCUGCAAAUCCUGCAACAGAAACUACAAGUGAUUCAACAACUCCUACAUCAGAAACACCAAGUGUAGCUGCUACAACUCUUACAACAGAAAUAACAAGUAAUACUAUAGCUCCUACAACUGAAACAACAAGUCAUGCAAUAUCUCCUACAUCAAGCAUAACAAGUGGUACUACAUCUUCAGCAACAGGAAUAACAACUGUUACUUCAAUUCCUACAAUAGAAACAAGUGCUACUUUAAUUUCUACAACAAAAUCAACAAGUGAUACUACAACUCUGAAAACAGAAUUAACAAGUGAAAUAACAACCCUGAGAACAGAAACAACAAGUGAUACAGCAACUACUACAACUGAAACAAGUAGUGAUGCUAUUUAUACUAAAACUGAAACAAGCGACACUGCAUUUCCUACGACGGAAACAACAAGGGAUACUACAACUACUACCUUGGAAACAACAAUUUAUUCAAAAACUCCUACAGUAGAAAGAAGAAGUGAUACUACAACGCCUACGAGAGAAACAGCAAGUGAUACUACAACUCCUACAACAGAAACAACAAAAAUUGCUGCAAAUCCUGCAACAGAAACUACUAGUGAUUCAACAACUCCUACAUCAGAAACACCAAGUGUAGCUGCUACAACUCUUACAACAGAAAUAACAAGUAAUACUAUAGCUCCUACAACUGAAACAACAAGUCAUGCAAUAUCUCCUACAUCAAGCAUAACAAGUGGUACUACAUCUUCAGCAACAGGAAUAACAACUGUUACUUCAAUUCCUACAAUAGAAACAAGUGCUACUUUAAUUUCUACAACAAAAUCAACAAGUGAUACUACAACUCUGAAAACAGAAUUAACAAGUGAAAUAACAACCCUGAGAACAGAAACAACAAGUGAUACAGCAACUACUACAACUGAAACAAGUAGUGAUGCUAUUUAUACUAAAACUGAAACAAGCGACACUGCAUUUCCUACGACGGAAACAACAAGGGAUACUACAACUACUACCUUGGAAACAACAAUUUAUUCAAAAACUCCUACAGUAGAAAGAAGAAGUGAUACUACAACGCCUACGAGAGAAACAGCAAGUGAUACUACAACUCCUACAACAGAAACAACAAAAAUUGCUGCAAAUCCUGCAACAGAAACUACUAGUGAUUCAACAACUCCUACAUCAGAAACACCAAGUGUAGCUGCUACAACUCUUACAACAGAAAUAACAAGUAAUACUAUAGCUCCUACAACUGAAACAACAAGUCAUGCAAUAUCUCCUACAUCAAGCAUAACAAGUGGUACUACAUCUUCAGCAACAGGAAUAACAACUAUUACUUCAAUUCCUACAAUAGAAACAAGUGCUACUUUAAUUUCUACAACAAAAUCAACAAGUGAUACUACAACUCUGAAAACAGAAUUAACAAGUGAAAUAACAACCCUGAGAACAGAAACAACAAGUGAUACAGCAACUACUACAACUGAAACAAGUAGUGAUGCUAUUUAUACUAAAACUGAAACAAGCGACACUGCAUUUCCUACGACGGAAACAACAAGGGAUACUACAACUACUACCUUGGAAACAACAAUUUAUUCAAAAACUCCUACAGUAGAAACAAGAAGUGAUACUACAACGCCUACAAGAGAAACAACAAGUGAUACUACAACUCUUACAACAGGAACAAGUCAUUCUGCAUCUCCUACCACAAACACAACAAAUGAUACUUCAUCAUCAAUAGCAGAAAUAACAACUGUUACUUUUUCUCGUACAACAGAAACAAGUGAUAUUCUAACUACUACAAAAGAAUUAAGUGAUACCCUAACUACUACAACAGAAACUACAAGUGAUACAACAACCCUGAAAACAAAAACAACAAGUGAUAUUUUAAUUUUUACAGCAGAAACAACAAGUGAUACUAUUACUCCUACACCAAAAACAAAAACAACAAGUGAUACCACAAUUUCUCCAGCAGAAACAACAAAUAAUACUAUAACCCUUACAACAGAAACAACAUGUGAUUCUACAACCCCAACAGCAGAAACAUUAAGCGAUUUAACAACCCCUUUAAUAGAAACAACAACUCAUUCUAUGUCUCCAACAAGAAACACAAGUGAUACUUCAUCUUCUUCAUUAAAACCAAAUUCUGUUACUACAAGUCCUACAACAGAAACAACAAGUGAUGCAACAACUUCUGCAACAGAAGCAGUCAGUGACAUUACCACUCUUUCAAUAGAAACAUCAAGUGAUACUCCUACAACUGAAACAACAAGUCAUACAACAAACACAACAAAUGAUACUGCAUUUUCUACAACAGAAACAGCAAUUGGUACUACAACUCCUCCAACAGAAUCUACACGUAAUACUACAGCUCCUACAACUGAGAAAACGAGUCAUGCACCAUCUCCUACAACAACCAUAAGAAGUGAUUCUGCAUCUUCUACAACAGAAAAAACAAAUAUUAUUUUAACUCCUACAAAAAAAACAACAAGUGAUAAUUCAACUACAACAGUAGAAACAUCAAGCAAUUCUAUUAGAACUACAAAAGAAACAGCAAGUGAUAAUACAAGUCUUACAACAGAAACAACAAGUUAUACAACAACUCUUAAAACAGAAAUAACAAGUCAUACUGCAUCUCCUAUAAGAAACACAAGUGAUACUACAUCUUCAACAAUAGAAAUAACAACUUUUACUUUGACUCCUACAACAGAAACAAGUGAUAUUUUAACUUCUACAACAGAAUCAACAAGUGCUACUAAUAUUCUUGCAACAAAAUCAACAAGUAAUACUUCAGUUCCUACAACAGAAACAACAAUUGUUACUGCCAAUCCUACAUCAAAAACACAAAGUGAUAUUAUAACUUUAACAACAAAAACAACAAGUUAUACAACAAUUCUUGCAACAGAAAAAACAAGUAACACCACAACUACUACAACAGAAAAAACAAAUGAUACUUCAACUCUUACGUCAGAAACAACAAGUGAUACCACAACUUCAACAACAGAAACAUUAAGUGAUACAACAACUCUUUCGACAAAAACAACAAGUGUUGUUAUAAUUCCUACAACAGAAACAACAAAAAAUACGACAACUCCUUCUAUAGAAACAACUACUGAUACAUUACCUCAAGGUGGUCCAGGAAAUAAUGUAAUCCCCGUGGAACCCAUUAUUGGUUAG